AUGCUGAUAGUCACACAAGAUGCUUCAACAAUUGUUGGGAGGUUACGUAUCACAGUUGUGAAUGGAUUGUUAGAGCCAUCUAGCAAAUGUGCAAGAAUAAUCACAAAAAAGUUUAAGGAAAAAGUUGACUUUGAAGGAUACACAUGGAAGACAGUGUCACAACCUAUAAGAGACUUUUAUUUUGAAGAAUUUCGGAAGCACUUUAUUUGGGAUUCCUCAUUAGAGGCACAAAUAAAGGAAGCUUGGGUUUUGAAAGCCUCACAGCGAUAUAGUGAUUUUUUGAGGGAUAUAAGGGAUGCAACAACAAAGCCGGAGUAUCUAAGUGAGGAGGAGUACAAGCAUUGGAAAGCUGUCUGGGAUAGACCUACAUUUAAGAAGAAACAAGAGAUAAAUUCUAAAAAUCGACGUAGUAUUGCUGGGCCAUCAUGCCAUACAGGAGGGUCAAUAUCUAAUGUUGAGCAUGGGAAGAAGCUUGAAUCUAAAUUGGGUCGAAAAGCUACUCCACAUGAGCUUUUUUUGCAUACUCAUACUAAAAAACAUGAUGGGGAAACUUUUGUAGAUCUCAAGUCAAAGACAAUCAAUGAUAAGAUGUUGACCUUGAAACAACAUGCAAUUUCUACAGAAUCUGCAUCAACAAACUCAGGACCUACUCCAGUAGAUGAAUUAGCUCUUUAUAUUGAAGCUGUUGGUGGAGAAAAGAAAAGAAGAGUCUAUGGUCUUGGUUCUCAAGCAUCUUCCUAUUAUGGAUGCUCAAAUUCAAAUGUCAAUAACUCAACUGCAACAUCUACUAUGCAAAAUAAUGAAGAUUUACAAAAUGAGUUAGCAUCUGUCCGUAAUCAACUACAGAUCCAAGAAGAGCGGCAUCAACAAGAGCGUCAAGAAACUCAACAAGAGCUUCAACAAACUCGACAAGAGAUGGCUGAAAUGAGGAGGAUGUUACAAUUACUUAUAUCUCAAAAUCAAGCACCUUCUCAAAUAAAUCAAUCAGGUCAUGAUGAAGAUGUUGAUCCUACUCCACCAACUAAGUAGUUAAUGUUCUUAUCUUGUGACAUAU